UACAUUUUCUUUAAUUAAAAUACAUUGCAUUUAUUCAUAUCGAGCCAACCUUGGCAAGAAAUGAAAAUAAUAGAGUGAGCUUGCCACAAUUGCUUAAUCAAGGUGCAAAGAAAAUUCUCGGCGAGUUGUCUAUAAAACCAUGUCGCAAAUCGGCGUAUUCAUUAAGAAACAAGUUCUAGCAAUAAUAACAUUGACAAUGAAGGCAGUGCUUGUAGCGAGCUGUUUGCUCGUUAUUCUUGGCAUAUCUAUAGCACGAGACCUCAGAGAGGAUCGUUUUGAUGACCUACAGAUUGCAGCUUCCGACCACCAUGAGAAAGGUGGCGGUAAAGAACAUCAUAAAAGUCACCACCAAGAGCAUGGUGGAAAGGGCCAUAAAGGAUACAAGGGCCAUCACCACCACGAACAUGGGAAAAAAGGUCACCACAAUAAGGAAGGACACAAAGGACAUCAUGGUGAACAUGGGGGCCACAAAAAGCAGCAUCACCACGACGAUGGCCACUACCUAAAGCACCAUCAUGGUGAAAAAGGAGAAAAGGGGCAUGCUUUCGAAGAAAAAGGCCAUUUUCAUAAAGGUCACUCAACAAAGGGCCAUCAUGGCAUACACAAAUUAGAUGAGUUUAAGAAAAAUAAAAAGUUCCAUGAAAAAUUCGGAGAGUCAGGAUUUGAAGAGGGUUACGGCGGCCACCAUGAUGAGCACGGGCACAAAAAGGGGGGCCACUUUGCUAAGGGGCAUAAGCACGGAGGCCACCAUGAACAUCAUCAUGGAAAGAAAGGCUCCCAUGAGAAGGGAGGACACCACCAUGAACACAAGGGACAUCAUGAUGAAGGCGGCCAUGAUGAGCAUCAUAGUCAUCACCACGAUCAUGGGAAGAAAGGAGAACACGAAGACCACAAACAUUGGGGCUUUAAAAAAGGUCAUUAAUUUGUACAAGUAGUUAGUACUCUUGUUAAAACUGUGUA